CCUCCAGCGCCUGCACCUCGUGGUGGCCGCCACCAAGUACCCGCGCAGGCUAGAUGGCAAGUUUGUGGAACUGCUGCAGACAGUGCUGUGUUUGCCCAAGUGUCCUGAGCAGGUUCAGGUGUUAUGUGCUGCCAUCCUGAGAGAGAUGUCGCCUUGUAGUGAGCUGAUCCUCUCCUGUGAGGAGGUUCAAGAUACAAAGCUCUUGAGUCUAAUAUCCUCCGUCCUUUUGGCUCAGGGUGAUAAGAAGGCUGAAGUGUCUGCUGUGGGGCAGCGUAUUGUAAAAGUACUCGAAGGGAGACUGCCAGAGGGUCAGAGUUCUCGGCACCUCCUUCCUGUCCUGUCAAAUGUCAUCAGUCUUUCGCCGGUAUCUCUAACUGAAGAGCAGAUCAAUGUGGUCAGUAAAAAGAUGGUCGACUGGCUGAGAUAUGCGAGCGUUCAGCAAGGAGUCGCUCAGCCCUCUGGAGGCUUUUUCUCCAACCCCAGAGCCAGACAGCCUGUCCCUGUCACAGAGGUGGACGGUGCCAUUGCCACAGACUUCUUCACAGUGCUCUCACUGGGUCAGCACUACACGGAGGACCAGUGGCUCAACAUGCAGGCCUUCUCCAUGUUGAGAAAGUGGCUGCUGUGCUACGGGGGUGAGGGGCUGAGCACCCCUAAUUCAGAUGACAGAUCAGAAAUGGAUGGCUCUGUCAUGUCCAUGGUCUCAACUACAUCCACAUCUAGUCAUCUGCUUCCCCCGAAGGAGCGUCUGCGGGAAAAAGCCUUUGAGUACUGCCAGCGGCUUAUUGAGCAGAGCAACCGGCGGGCCCUGAAGAAAGCUGAUGGGGAACUGCAGAAAGCUUGUCUCAUCGAGGCGGUGACAAUCCAGGACAUCAUCUGCAAACAAGACUCCUCCUAUGUGUACCGCACGCUCUCCUCCCUGAAGAUCCUGCAUGGCAGAAUCAGUGGAGAUGUCACUUACGCGAGGGCACUGCUGCCCAUUGCUCAGUUCUUCCUGAACCACAGUGAAAUGGCAGCUGUGGACUCCGAUGCAAUCUACAAACACUUGUUCACCGAGAUCCCAGCUCAGCUCUUCCACAACCCAUCACUGGCCUUUGAGUUCAUCCAGUUCUGCAAAGACAACAGCCAGCUCUUCACUGACACAUCCAGCAUAUUCAGGCAGAGCUUCCCAAAUCUCUUCAAGUUCCUGGCGUGGAACAGCCCACCCCUUAUCUCUGAAUUCGUGGACCUUCUCCCAUUUCUGCUGGAUGCAGGUACAGCCAUUGAGAUUUUCCAUUUGCUGCUUGACCUGCCCUGUUUGACAGCAGCUCUGGACAUCCAGCUGAGGUCAACCUCUCUCCCUGGCUCCGAGAAGGCUGCCUGCGACCCAACUGUGAAGCCAGCCACCUGUCUGGAGGCUUUUCGCCAUCCCCUCUACAAGAGCAUGUUCCAGUACCUUCUCCGCAUCGAGGCUGCCCCUGAAGACUCUCCGGAGAGCCUGAUUCCACUUCGGCAGCUGCUGGGAUCCCUGGCCAGCAGCCCAAGGGUCGUGCAGUGUGCGGAGACUGUCCCUGUCUUACUGGAGCUCUUCUUCAGUGUGGUGGCAGAGUUUGCAGAUAAGCCGCUGAUAAACCAGCUGGUACUGUUGAUGCUGCAGAGGAGUGACCAGCUCUAUGAGACCCCGGCAUUUAAAGAUGAUGUGCACAGGGUGCUGAGUUCGCAGCUGCUGACCCUCUGCAAGUUGCACCCUGCGCUCAUUGUGGAACUGUCCAAGGAGCUUCUGGAGUUCUUGGGAUCAAUCAGCAACAUCCGGAACAAGGAGGCCCUCUUCACCCACCUGGUCUGGGCUAUUGGAGAGUACAUGUCUGUGUCCUACGACAAGCGCUGCACCGUGGAGCAGAUCAACCGGUUCUUUGAGGCUCUGGAAGCCAUGUUGUUCGAAAUUACCCAGCUCCGACCGCUGGCCAGCAUCCCCAACUACCCGCCCCGUGUCAUCACUGUCCUCAUGACCACAUUGACCAAGCUGGCGUCUCGCAGCCAGGACUUGAUCCCCAGAGUAUCCUUGUUCCUGUCCAAGAUGAGGAUGUUUGUGCAGAACCCUGCUGUCACCUCUGUAUACUGCGAGGAGGACUGUGAGGAGAUCCUCAUCCGGGCAACUGAGCUCAUGAACCUGCUGAAAAUGCCAAGUGUGGCUCAGUUUGUGUUCACACCAUCUGUGGACGUCGCCAGCACACAAUUUCAGAGAGAUGUGAAUGACACUCUCCCUUUUGCCCUGAGGAUAGUCAGCCGGCUCUUAGAAGGGGGCGCUGGCUUCGUGCCAGGGUGAGAGAAGAGGGUUUCUGAGAGGCUAAAGCCUCUGUUAUAACUAAUCUGCUGCUGACACUCGAGGCUGAGGCCCUGCUCUGAACUGGAAAUGAGGAACAAAUGAUUGCAAAUGAAAUGGAAAACAGGAAUAAGAAGAGCUGAGGCUGCUCUUCUGGCCUGA